GAGUGUCAGGAAGGAGGGCCACACUCACGGCUGAGAGGGCAGCCCAGCCCAGAGGAGGACCACUUGAAACCCCAAGAUACCACCCAGAUGUCAAAAGGACACAGCAGAGAGCCUGACAUGGAUCCUGAGACACGUCCCAAGGUCUGGCCUCUUUGGGCUACCACUGGCUGAUGAGCCCCCCGCCAUCAAUUCCUCUAGCCUGGCCCCUAAGGAGAGUGAUGGAGAAGUGACACAGCCAGGUAUGGGGGGGCCUCCUCCCCACAGUGCCCAGCCCCCAGAGCACCAGCCUUCCAAGACAGCUGGCCCGGAGCCACCUCCACCCCUUGUGCCACCACUGCCUGCCCGGAGCCUGCCCCCCUACCCGCCGUACUUUGAAGGGGCCCCCUUCCCUCACCCACUCUGGCUGAGGAACACCUAUCAGCAGUGGGUGCCACAGCCACCACCCAGGACCAUCAAGCGGACCCGACGGCGUCUGUCACGCAACCGAGACCCAGGCCGCCUCAUUCUGAGCACCAUCCGCCUGCGUCCCCGCCAGGUGCUCUGUGAGAAGUGCAAAUGCACCGUGAGUCCCCAGGAGGCCAGCCCUGGUCCCCCAGCUGCUUCCAGGCCCCGCCGGAGGCUGGGCAGUGGCUCAGACAGGGAACAUCGCAAGCCAGAGGAGCCGGAGGAUAGCGAUCCCACAGCCACAGCCACAGUGAGGAAGAGCAAGAAGGAGAGGCGGGAAGAGGACAGGGCCUCCACCGAACAGAUUCCACGAAGCCCUGUCAUCAAGAUCUCCUACAGUACCCCUCAGGGUAAGGGUGAGGUGGUCAAGAUCCCUUCCCGUGUGCACGGCUCCCUGGAGCCCUUCUGCCCCCAGCAGGCUCUUCACAAUGGCAGCCAGGACCCUGAGGUGCCAAGAGAUGCAGAGUCCAGGGGCAAUGGGGACCGACCACCCAGUGGACCUUCCACCUCCAUCCCCAAGCUGAAGCUGACACGUCCCCUGCCCCCAGGCUCAGACCUGCCACCUCCCAAGAUCCGCCUGAAGCCCCACCGCCUUGGGGACGGUGAGUGCGAGCCCCUAUACAAGGCCGAGCUGGUGGAGGAACUGAAUGGCUGCCCACGAGGCCCCCGGGCCAGCUCGCCUGCCCUCUUUGCAGACGGCUCUGCCCACAGACUGGAGGAUUUGUCUUCUGGAAGCUCUGGCGAGGACGAUGACUUCAAGAGGUGCCCCCAAAGUAAACAGGGACGUGAUGGCUUAGCUUUUCUUGUAAAUUGCCCUGGGAGGAGAGCAGAUUGCGCCAGUGAGUCUGUGUGCAGCAGCGACAGCCUAGAUGAAUCCAAAUCAUCCAGCUCGGAAGUGACAUCUCCAGACACAGGGGACCUCUCCUCCAGUGAUGGUGCAACUGUGCCUUCCUCAUCCAGGGAUGCUCGCCAGACAGUCCCACCCCUGACAGUCAGACUGCAUACACAGAGCGUCUCUAAGUGCGUUACCGAAGAUGGAAGGACCGUGGCUGUAGGGGACGUCGUGUGGGGUAAGAUUCAUGGUUUUCCUUGGUGGCCAGCGCGUGUCCUUGACAUCAGCCUUGGCCAGAAGGAGGACGGAGAGCCCUCUUGGCAAGAAGCAAAAGUCUCGUGGUUUGGGUCUCCGACUACGUCAUUCUUGUCUAUUUCAAAACUCUCCCCUUUCUCUGAAUUUUUCAAACUGAGAUUUAACCGUAAGAAGAAGGGGAUGUAUCGGAAAGCUAUAACUGAGGCUGCCAAUGCCGCGCAACAUGUGGCCCCAGAAAUAAGGGACCUCUUGACUCAGUUUGAAACAUAACUUUGGUUCCCUGACCAGGUCACCGACCGUGAGGAUGCAGCUGUUGUCCUGGAGCUUCUGACUUCCAUCCAAGGGACCCCUCAUGCCUUCUGGCCAGCUUUGUGCAGACAGAUACUAGGUACAGUGGUCAGCCUGGUGCAAAGCCCCAAGGAGCAGGUGUGUCCAGGAGAAGACAAGACCCAUGCACAGUGGCGCCUCUUGGCUGAAUGUAUUUAUUGCCGUGACUCAGGCUGCAGUGUUCCUGGCUAAGAAGGAGCCAGGAACCCAGUGAUGUGCUUGCUGCUUCACAUGCUGGGUGUGGGUGGCCUCCAGGCUCAAACUUCCCUUGCAAGAGCAAGGCCUUCUGUCCCAGCCUACCUGGUAGCCAGUGUGGGUAGCUGUGCCCAGCCAUAAAUCUCCCCUCUGGGCAUGGCUGUCUCAGCUGUUCAGCUCCAGCUGUCUGCAGGCCUGUCACAAACCAAAUUGCACGUGUGGGGUUCUCCUUCCCAAGCCCUUGGGCAUGGGGUCUCUGUACACUUGAGAGCUGGGGACCUAUCUGCAUCUCAUCCCGUUCCUCCCAGAGCAUGGGUCCCCCUGGGUGAUCAGCCCUGGCCUGCAAGGCCACCUUGUCCAGCAGAUGCUGCUACGAAUCGCCAGUACUGUGAGAAGGAGGUGAAGGGUAGACCUUGAAAACAGCACAAUGUUAAGAGGAGAAACUGGCUCUGCUGUUUGUAAGAGUGCAUUCCUUCCCCUUUCUGUCACUUUAUAGACCAAAAAGAAAAGGAACAAAAAGAAAAAAAUAUCAGUCUUCUGCUCUCUUUGUUUAAAUGUAAGAAAAUCUAAGUUGUUACUUGAGCAACCCUGAGGUUGCACAUGUGUUGGGGCUGUCAUGUGGGGGGACCCUGGAGGCCUCUCACAGUAUGAGGAGGGGACCCAUGGCCACAUGGAUCAAGGUGGCACUGUAGCAGACAGAUGGGCAGCCCCUGCCUCUCCCUACCUGGGCCUUGCUCCUGUUUCCUGGUUGACACUUGAAUUUCCUGGACAGAGGCAGCCCCCUGCAAGGGGGCUAGUUUUGCUCUUUGUUCCUACUGGUAAAACUCUUGAAUCUCAUGGUGUUUUAGUUUUCUCAUUUAGAGCCAAAGGACAUCCCAGAGAUGGUGAUGGCAACUUUGCUCAUUCCUCGUUUUACUGGAGUGUUCUGCAAUCUAAAGGUUUGACCAUCCUCGUGAAGGAUUCUGGGAAUGUCGGGGUGGGUGGGCAGUAGACAACAUCAAGGUCUUCUCCAGGGGUUGUCAAGGGAACUUGACUCAGAACGGUCACCACCAGGUGACAGUUUUCAUGGUUCUUGAGGACAUGGUUCUAGACCUGCUCUCGAAAGUGGGGGAUUUGUGUGGCUUUCAAAUACGUUUGUAGCAGCAGGCCCCUUUUCUCCAACAAAAUUUUAGUGGAAUAAAGGCUACCUAGGAAGUGCUGUCCCUGGCCACUCAACCCUGAGAACCACCUCCCACAAGGCCCAAAGGUCUUAGAGGCUUUGAAGUGGGAAAAGAGGGCCUUGUAUGAGAGCUGGGGUUUUGCCAGAAUGGGAGCUGCCAGCCUCUGUGGGUCUGUCCCAGGCCCAUCUCAGGAGGAGCGGGGGCUCAAGGAAGGGAACCCACCACUGCCACACCGUGGUCACAUUUACCAGGUUCUGAAUCAUUUCCAACCAGGGGCUCCCUAAGAAGACUAGAGCUGGGAAAGAAUUCUUGUCCCUGUUAAUUUGGGCCAAAAGAAUCUGGUCUUCCUUGGAAGUGAACACAACCCAGCAGUCUGCAUACUUACACAUGCUUGUUUGUGGGAUGAAUUAUGCAUCUUCCAGAAUGUCAGGCCAGAGCAGGCCUCUGGCACCUGUCCCAGGCCUGGGAUGUGGGUGAGGGAGGUCUUCCUGCUGCUAAGAAUAAAAGGGCUGGGCGUGGCCAUGUGAGCACUCUACUCUGGGGUCCCCAGCAACAGUGAGAAAGGGCUGGCCCUGCCCUCUGCCAAUGGUUGUCAGCAGCAUCCAUGUUCCUUAAGCACAGGCCAUAGGAAUGAGCAGGAAGGGGCCAGCUUCCCUCAACAGAAUGGAGGGAGGGUUCCUUAUGAGCUCCUGGUUCCAGGUGUCCACCUUUACACCUACCUGCCAGGAGAGCACUGCUCUGAGGACCCUGGGUCUGGCCCUUCUUCUGGGCAGCUGCAGGCCACACUUGACCUUCCCCAGGCCGAAAGUCCUAGGCCCUUAGGCCAGUGGCAGUGGUACUGCCUGUUCUCUGUGGACACUUGAGUCCUCACAAAUCAGUCUUCUCACUGAGUCCAGAAUCUCAGCUUCAUCUGGGCCUUGGAGGAUGGCAGGACAUAGUCCCUCCAAAUGGCAGGCAGUGCCUGUGAGCCAGAAGUACCUGUCUGCUGGGUCUGAGAGCCGGUCAGCCCUGGGAGCCUCACCCAAAUGAGCCCAGAGGCUGCUAUGAAAGUUGUGAGCCCAAGACCUGUGAGAUGGUCCCAAUUUGGAAGCAUUAUCACUUUUGGAGAUUCACAAGUUCAGGGGAAUCCUGCCAUUAAAAUAGAACAAUGAACUCCUGUGUACCCAGCACACACACGGAUGCCUUCUGGGUCCAGACCUGGCCCUCCAAUUGUCUGGUCCCUCAUGACGCUGAUAUCAACAGUUCCUGCUACUGGGUUCUCUUCCAUUGUAGCUGGGGGCCCACACCUGGUGAAUGAGGUGUCUCAGGGCUAGCUAUCCUCUUCUGAAGCUCAGGGGAAGAGCAGGGUAUAGAAACUUGGGAUUCUGGGCCUGAACUCUAUCCACCCUGAGGGGCACUGCCCCCCAGCAUGGAGAGAUAGAUGGCCUUUCAGCAGAUCUAAUUUCAAGUGAAGGCAGGUUUUUGUUUUGUUUUGUUUUUAAUCUUAUUUUUUAAGUAGAAGAUUAACGAUGCCUGCUUGUCGGUUUGAUUUUAUGGUUGGUCUGUCAUACCAUGGCACUCUCUGUCUCUCAGUGACACCCAGAAUGGGGACUAAAGCUGUGGGCCAGUCCGUGACAACACUGCAGUUCCCUGGUGGUUUCCAGCACAGUGCUCAGCCUUCUGGGUGGAGGUAAUCAGCCCCACCCCACCUCUAGGGGCCCUGACAGAGUGGCUACAAGAAGUGAGUGGGAGGAAGGCGUGGUGGCCACAUGCCUGAAUUCCCAGCACUUUAGAGGCUGAGGCAUAUUGCUGUGAGUUCGAGGCCAGUCUGACCUGCACAGUGAAACCCUGUCUCAAAAAGAAAAAAAAGUGGGUAAGCCCAGGCCUGGUGUGUGGGCCUGGAGUGCCCAGAGCCCAGCAUGCCUGUCCUAUCAGUGGUCGUCAGGCCACUGUCUUUGCAGUCCUCAUUGCCUGGCUACCCUGCAUGCCAUUCCCUGACUUCACAUAGUGAACCCAGUUGGUCUCUAUCACGUCUCUGAAGCAGGACGUGUCACCUCUACUCCCCUUUGAGAGGGACAUACAGACAGGUUAGCCCAGGUGACCUCCAUGGCUCCUGAUCUCUAUACUCAUAAUCCAGGGGAGGGAGUGUGUAGAGGAGGAGACCCUGUGGAGAGACAGACAAUACCUGGGGGAGCCAGGCCUAAGGUUUCAGUUCAGUGAGGCAGCAGAAUGCAGUUGGUGGUGUGAACUGGGUAGAGGAAGCUAGUUUGGGACCCUUUCUGCUUUGUCCUAGCCUCCCAGGCAUCCCGUUCAGCAAGAGCUUACCCACUCAGAACAGAGCCCAGCUUGGUCCCAGCAACCAGCUAACCCAGAGUCCCUUCAGCAUCACUUGGGGGUGGGUGUGAGUAGGGCCCCAUGGUCAGCGAGGGUGGGAGCCCUGGAUAGCACCUUUCUAGGACACACUCAAGAGCAGGAUUCUUCAGCGGAGCCACUGUGAUCUAACUGCUUUCAUAAGCAGUCACCAGGCUGCUCUUCUAACUGCUCUUGCUCAGUCACCAGCCUGGCCAUCAGUCAUGUAUUUGAGGCCAGCUGUCAAUGCUUUGAUAUGGAACAGGCUGGAUAGGGGAGGGCAUGAUGGGGGACAGGUCAAGAGUAUGCCAGCACUCGUGUGUUCCUGUCACCCUGUAUCCCAGCCCAGUCCCCCUCCCUCCCUCUGAAAGACGCCAUCUCCAGAUCUCCCAGCCACCAGGCUGCAACUGAGGUGGUCUCCAUGGCCUCUAGGUCUGUGGCCUGGCAGAGUAGGGCAUGUGAGGCCUGAUAGGAGCCUGUGCCAGAGCUUCAGGCCCUAGGACUGCAGGCUCUGCCUGUCCUUGCCAUGGCCUUGGGUCCACUAGGCCUCCCCAGUCCUAACCCUCUGCACACAGCUUAGCUCUCUGGAGUCUGCUGGCUCAUCAAACACUUGUGCAGAAGAAUGGUGGGGGAGGGCUGGCUGGGGAGAGGAGAUGGAGGGGCAGAGGCAGAGUCCCAAUUGCAGGCUGGACUCUUGGCCACACAGUGGACCUGCACUGUACAGUGUCAGGCCCGACUACCUGUGUCUUAUAACCAAAGAGACUGAAGCUAAUUCCUGGCCUUUAGGGCACCAAAACCUUGGACACUUCCAGAUAUUGCUGGCAGCACAGCCACCCUGUGUGACAGAGCCCUGCAAGUCCCUCCUCCCCCUUUCUGCAGUUUCUCUGACUAUAAGAUAGUGGUAGAAAAAUCAGUAAAAUAAGAAAAAGAAGAGAAAAGUUUCCUGUAGUCAGAAAAGUUUCCCAGACAUUAACAGAUGUGUGCUCUGCAGAUCUGGCCUCGUGCCACCCAGGAAGCUCUGUGCCCAGCUCACCCUUUCAUAGCUUCCUGUGGCUUCCUGUGUCCUCCCAGCCCGGCAUGCUGGUAGCUACCUGGUGUUAGGGGCUACUCAGCCUUCUGGAUAUCAGGGAAAGAACCAGCCAGACUAGCUGGGGUUGGUGACAACUAAUAUGGAAGUAGCUCCUGUCCCUGACACCCUGUAUGGUAAGAAACAAACAGGGAAGAGCCCAGACACAGAUGGCCAGGUUGGGGCCCUGUCCCUGCUCAGCAGGGUUAAGCUGCUUUGUACCCCCAGAAAACCCGAGAGCACUUUGGGAGCUGACCAAUGCUGAGCCAGAAGGAGGGGAUGUGGCUGGGGCAGCUGCCUGCCAGUCUGAUCUAAGACCAACUUCCUUUUCCUCUUGGUUCAGCCAUUCAGCCUCUCUGGGUUAGAGGUAUGGUCAGCUCAGCCUGUGGGACCUGGGCUUAUGGCUUCGAACUGUCCCACCGCCUGUCUCCCUCCACCCAUCCACCCCCAGCGCUUUUCCCCACAGAGACACCACUGCCAGCCAGCCUCUGCCCAAGCUGAUUUAUUUUUAGCUCCUGCCUGCCUUACACCACGGGUUUUUCACCAGGAUCCAUAGAGAGGCGGGUGAGGCUCUCUGGCUCCUCCCAGGCCAGCUAGUCCUUGACCACUGAGGGAGACAGUGUGGUUACUCACUGUGAUUAUACAGAGAGAGACAGGGCAGGGAGGCCCCCUUCCUUCCUGGGCCCAGCAGCCUGGAGCCUAGAGGUAGGGCUCAAGGAAACUGGCAGUGGGGUGGGUGAGUGCUCAUGGCUAGAGGGGUGCUGUGGAGUCUGAGGUGCUGGAGUGAUAGUCCUGAAGGUGCUAGGAAGACCAAAAGCAAUGCCGGGGCCCAAUUUGCUGGACAUGGGACAAGGUCAAAGUGUGAUGGGCAGAGGUUGGGACUGGGGAGGGCUGAGGGCCAAGAGUCAUGGGUGAUGACUGUGAAAGGGCAUGAUUAGUGUGGCUGGCAUGGUAGAGACAGGCUGGGGUUCCGGGAGCGCUGUGGAGAGGCCUCUCCAGGCUUCAGAUCACUCCUGAGCUGUUCAGGCUGCCUGAGUCCUGGACAGGUGGUGGGCUGGCUCUCCACAUUACUAAGCAACCCCGUCGGAGAACACAGAAGAGGCCUUUGAAUGAGUGCGGGGUGUAGACACAAAAUCUGCUUUGGGGCGAAACUGUGCAAGCCACUGAGGUUCUGCUGGAACCCUGGCUCCCCAAGAGGUCACCCAGGAAGUCCUCAAGGAUGUCAUUGGGUAGGUCCUUUAGGACCCCCUCCUCUCCCCUGGCUUGAGUGGGAAAGGAGAGCGUAGAGAUCAGCUGCUCAGCACAGGCAGACAGGAGUUCCUGACUCUGAGAAGAAGGGGGAGAGUUUUAGGGGCCCACUACAGUGAUCACCCCACUUUGGAUCCCUGCUCUGUGUGAACAGUUUCAAGCAUGAAUUUUUCCUACUAGCCAUUUGCCACCAAGAACAGUCAUAACAACUUACUGAGGCAUUCAUCUGUGGUUUCAGGGUGAGCACUAUGGCAGAGACCAGCAAUGGGAACCUGAGACACCCUGGAGCCAUCUGGCCUCCUCCUUUGGGGAGACAGGAAACAAGUCUUCAAAAAAGCCAUAACUCACUGUCUACAGUGUUCAGUGGGUGGUUGUUUUUAGUAUCCUCACAGACAUGCAACCUUGCCAUUGUCCAUUUUGGAAAGAUUUCACCCCCUCAGAGAGAAACCUAGAGCCUUUUAACUAUUACAUCCAAUCAAAUCCCUGGUGACUACUACUCUGCUUUCUGGAUUUGUGGAUCCUGGAUAUUUACUAUCAAAGGAACCAGUGUGUGGUUUUUCUCUGCCUUCUUACACUGAACACGUUUUCAAGAUUGAUCAUCCAUGUUGUAGUGCAUAUCAAGGCCUCGUUCAUUUCUAUGGCUGAGUAAUGUUCCCUUAGAUGCACAUGGCACAUUUAUGUGCUCAUCUGCUGGGUUCUUUACAUCUCUGAACCACUGUGAAUAAACAGCUGUGAACACCUAUGUA